CUGAGAAAUAUAUAACUGAAAGCAAUCGCUAAGCACACCUGCCAGGGUGCAACAGUCACAGACUGUUAACCUCAAGAUCUGGAAGUACUCGAUAGUCAACGAAGCCUCACAAUCUUCUACUUUCUGCCUUCAUCAGAGAUCAGCUACAAAAAGAGCUCUCAAGCUUUUUCUUUGUGGGAAACAGGAUUUACAUUAAAAUCAACUUGAUGACUUUUUCUCCCUGCUGCUUGUAAGGCACCUGGCAGAUCAUGACCCUGCAACCAUUAACUCCAGUGAACUGUGCAGGCCUCCUGCAGCCUGGUUGCUCCCUGCUACAGCUGGAUGGGGAAAUCCUUUUGUUUGGUCAGAAAGGUUGGCCAAAGCGCUCCUGUCCGACAGGAGUCUUCGGUAUCCGGUUAAGACAUGGUGAGAUGAAGCUUAGGGCCAUAUCAUUCUCCAAUGACUCCUGCUACCUCCCUCCUCUUCGCUGCCCAGCCGUCUGCCGCCUGGACCCCUAUGAUGGGCUCCCAGAGAGUUAUCUGUUCCAUGGCGGCCGCACCCCAAACAAUGAGAUCUCAUCAAGCUUGUACCUGUUGACCAUGGAUAGUAGAGGCUGUAAUCGCAAACUAACACUCAGGUGCAGAGAGAAAGAACUGGUAGGAGAGGUGCCAGGGGCCCGUUAUGGCCAUGCAAUGACUAUCAUUCAAAGCCGCGGGAAGACAGCUUGUGUGAUGUUUGGGGGAAGGUCCUACAUGCCAGCAGGAGAACGAACCACAGAAAGGUGGAAUAGUGUCAUUGACUGUCCUCCCCAGGUUUUCCUUUUUGAUCUUGAAUUUGGCUGUUCCUCUGCCCAUGUUUUACCUGAGCUUAGUGAUGGACAGUCCUUUCAUGUAGCUCUUGCCAGAGAAGACUGUGUUUACUUCAUUGGAGGCCACUCUAUCACCUCUGACUCACGUCCCCCUCGACUCUUCCGCCUUCGCGUUGAGCUCCUGCAGGGUAGCCCCCUGCUUUCCUGCGAGGUCCUAGAGUCUGGCUUAUCCAUUUCUAGUGCCAUUGUCACACGCACAGGUCCCUCUCAUAGAUAUAUUGUGCUAGGCGGAUACCAGUCUGACUCCCAGAAAAGAAUGGAGUGCAGCACAAUCAUUCUGGAUGAGAAAGGUAUCCACAUUGAGCACCUAGAUCCUCCCCAGUGGACCCAAGAUAUCAUCCAUAGUCGCACAUGGUUUGGCGGUAGUGCUGGAGAUGGAUGCAUACUGCUGGGUGUCCCUACUGAAGGAAGGCCAUCUCAACCUGAUGUGCAUUAUUUCUAUCACAUCAGCUUCCAACAAGCAAAAGAGUCCAGUGAAGAAGAAGGGACCCAGGCAUGCAGCCAGGAGUCAACAGACUACGAUAACUCGACUCCUCUUGAAGACUCUGAAGAGCUUUAUUUUGGACGAGAGCCACACGAGCUGGAAAACAGCAGUGAUGAUGAGGGCGACAUUUACAAUGAGGAGGACGAGGAGGAUGAAUCCCAAACUGGGUACUGGAUCAAAUGCUGCCUGAGUUGUCAGGUGGACCCCAAUACAUGGGAGCCAUAUUACUCCACAGAGCUUCACCGCCCGGCUAUGAUUUUUUGCUCCAAAGGAGAGGGGGGGCAUUGGGUCCAUGCUCAGUGCAUGGAGCUGUCUGAGACACUGUUAGUUAAACUAUCUCAAGGAGGCAAAAAGUACUUUUGUUUGGAUCAUGGAGGUCUGCCUUUCCAGGAGAUGACCCCUCCUCGACAGGUCAUUUCACUGAAGCGCACCCCGAUGAAAAUGAAGAACAGAAAUGGAGCCCUAAUGUUCAAAAUUUCCCCCAGCAAGAAAAGCUUUUUCAAGAAACUCUUUGAUUAAAUUAACUCUUCUUUAAAAUUAUGAUGAAAAUCUACAGUCUGUAUUUAAAGUGGUGCAAAAUAAUAAUACAAACUGCCCAGUUUGCAUGACUCUAUGGGAAAAUUUCAAGUCCUGCUGUUUUUUACUUAAUAAAGUUUAAUAAAAAAAGGUCCCACAAGUCUUACUCUCUCGUGUCUUUGAUGU